CUCGCAUCUAACUUUCUCUCCCACCAAUUUAAUCAUCACAUACCUACUUCCAUAACGAGAAUAACUAACAUCCCAAAAAAAUGCUAUAAAAGUUGCUUCACUUACAAUUAUUGUUCUCCCGCAUUCGGAGGAGAGGGUCAAGCACCUCCUUGAGCCCGGCCCUUCUCCACAUUCUUCACAUAUAUUGAUUUGCUUAGGAAUAUAAGAGUUGUAAACAAAAACAAGAAAUAAUCUAGCUCGGGAGAAAUGGCGGACGAGGACAAGAAAAAAAACAUGAUCGUCCUGGGCGUGUGUUCGCUACUUCUUGUGGCGAUGGUGAUUGGCCUGACAAUAGGGACGGGAGGCCGUGACACGACCGUUCGCAAGGAAAUAAGCUCGUCUGAGAAGGCAAUCCAAGCCAUAUGCCAACCCACGUCCUACAAAGAGACUUGCGUCAAGAGCCUCGAGUCCUCCUCGGCAGCAAAUGCCACAGAUCCAAAGGAGCUCAUCCAAGCCUCCAUGGAAAUCACCAUCAAGGAAAUUCGCAAUGCAAUGAACAAUUCAACAUUGUUCAAGGAGGUCCGUCAGGGGGAUCAGAGAUCCAAAGAUGCCUUGGAUAACUGCCAAGUCUUGGCAGAACGUGCCAUUGACGAUCUGAAUAGGACAUUCGAAAAGUUCAGCGAAUUUGAUCUAGCCGAUUUAGAUAACUGGUUAUCUGACUUGCAGACAUGGCUUAGCGGUUCCCUCACGUAUCAGGAAACCUGCCUUGAUGGGUUUGAAGGCAUCCCCGGAGAUAGCCAGGCUAAAAUGAAAAACCUUCUCAAAACGUCAAUGCAAUUGACGAGCAAUGCUUUGGCAAUGGCAACUGAAAUAUCGUCUGUUCUCUCAAAUUUGGGCGUUGAGGGUAUCAGUAGCAGCGCUAACAAACGCCGCCUUCUCGCAGAUAAUGACAAUGAUAAAGAACAUGUCGUUGCACAUGAUGAUGAAUUAGCGGGAGAAGCAACUCCUGAUUGGGUCGAGGCUGGAAGGGGAAGGUUGCUUACAGCCAAGACGUCAGAUAUCAAACCUGAUCUCAUUGUGGCCAAGGAUGGGUCUGGGAAGUACAAGACCAUAAACGAGGCAUUAAAGGAUAUCCCAAGGAAUAGUAACAACACAUUUGUAUUGUACAUCAAAGAAGGUGUUUAUGAGGAGCAAGUUACAUUUUACCGUAACAUGACACAUUUGAUGAUUAUGGGAGAUGGUCCAACCAAGACCAGAAUCACUGGAAAACUAAACUACAUUGAUGGAGUUUCCACUUUUCAUACAGCAACUGUGGGUAAGUUCAUCCCGAUCUUAGCUAAGUUUCCACUCGUCUUAUAACUUUUAUGAUCAUAAUAAUAAAAAUUUGCAUCUUAGCUACAUCUUAGAGCUCGUUAGUAAUCUCACCAUACAUACGUUUCAAUAUUGUAGCUGCAUUGGGAGACUAUUUCAUGGCUAAAGACAUUGGGUUUGAGAACGCCGCCGGGCCUGAGAAACACCAAGCAGUGGCAUUGAGAGUUGGCGCGGACAGGUCAAUUUUUUACAACUGUCAAAUGGACGGGUACCAAGACACUCUGUAUGCCCACCUCUACCGCCAAUUCUACCGGAAUUGCGUCAUCUCUGGAACCAUAGAUUUUAUAUUCGGGAACAGCGCCGCCGUGCUCCAAAACUGCACAUUGGUGGUGCGAAAGCCAUUGGAGAAUCAGCAGUGCAUUGUGACAGCACAGGGUCGGAUAGACCCACGCCAACCCACAGGCCUUGUCUUACAGAACUGUAGCUUCGUGGCCGACCCAGAGUACCAACCGGUCCGGUUCACACUCAAAUCGUACCUCGGCCGGCCCUGGAAAGAAUAUUCCCGAACCGUGAUCAUGGAGUCGUACUUGGAAGACUUCAUCCAGCAGGACGGGUGGUUGCCGUGGGCAGGGGAUUUUGCACUCGAAACUCUCUUUUACACGGAGUACAACAACCGAGGCCCUGCUUCUGGCAAAGAGAACCGUGUGAAAUGGGGAGGUGUCAAGGAGCUUCCAUUGAAUCGGAUUGAGCGGUUCACCGCUGCCCGGUUCUUACAAGGUGAAACCUGGAUUAAAUCAGUUCCUGGUCUUCCCUAUAACCCUGGUUUCAUUUUCCCGCCUCCUAAACCUAACACCACAAUUACUUACUCCCCGGUGGAGCCCGACGAGACGAAAGAUAUGGUGGCGCAAGAUAAAGCAGCUUAUGAUCCUCCCAAAGUCGCUCCAGCUCCGGCUCCAGUUCAGGAUCCAGUUUCGGCUCCCGAAUCAGCCCUGCCGGUUCAAUCCGCAGAAAUUCCCGCGCAGACUUCGACCAGUACACCUCUUCAAGAUUUAUCAUCUCCGGCGUCGUCUCCGACUCAAUCGGGGCCUCCCAGUCAGGUUUCGGCCGGAGCAGAUGCUCCAAUUCUAUCUUCUCCGACAACAGCUGCGACCGAUCCAGCAUCAUUAGCUCCGGUCGUUGACGCUACGCCGUCGGUUCAAUUGGCCUCGACUAGCGGCGGAUCAGUUCCAGCUCCGGCUCAGGCUGAAGCUCCCACUCAAGGCGAAUCUAGUGUGGUGUCAAUUCCUGUGGCGGCUUCGACGGAAGCUGAUAAUCAGGCUCCAGGCCCAGCUGAAAACUCAGCUACGGCCCAAACUGAUGAAGUUGGGGGCCCAUCUGAAAAGGUGAUGACCGCCUCGCCACCCACUCAAGCUGCGGCGUCAGUGGUUGCUCCUCCAGCAGAAACGGAGGUCAAGCCACCGUCGGGAAAUCAAGAAUCCAAAGGGUUGUUAGGUGGUCUUUUGGACUUUUGAGAAGUUUAAAGGAUUGGAAUCAUUUUUUUAUGUUUCAGCUGUAUACAAGAAUUCUAUCAGUACUAAAUAGGGCACAAACAUUUAAAU